CACGUAGUCAUCUUAAAAGAACAUUUCUGGUUCUCUCGGAUUUAGAUACCGUCACCGGAAUGUCCUUCUUUAACUUCCAAAUUGUUUCCCCCACUUUUCUGACCAGUAUUCAGCUCGAUGAGAUCGUCGCGAUUGCUAUUCGAGCCUAUGACACCAACCCCACUAUCCGUGCAAUGACUGGCGGAAACAAGGCUCUGUACGAUCCUUUUUUAAGAGCCGUAACCCGGGCACUGCUACUCGAAGGCAAGGUAUGGCUCGCUGCUUCGGAUGGUAGGAUCCUUGGAGUUCUUGGAGGCUUCGGUCCGGGGACAUUUCUUUGGGCAACAGAGGAGCAACGUGCCUUAGGAUUCAACAAUGCCUAUGCUCGCCUUACGGAAGAAACAAAAUAUUGGUGGCAGAAUAUUUAUGGGCCGCAGAUCAAGGAAUUCAUGGAUAACGCUCUUGGGGCAACCGCAAAUCUUGAUGGAUGGAUGACACCACUGUUGGCGGUAGAUCCGCCAUAUCAGCGCCGUGGAAUCGCGACCGCCAUGUUCAAAGAAAUGACCCAACAGGCAAUCCAAGAUAAGGCUAUCAUGAUAGUGGGUGCAGACAGCGAUCUCAACGUCGGCAUCUAUGAGAGUUUCGGAUUUGAACUUAAGGGUAGGACUGUUCUUCCGAGCUCUGUCAAAGGGGAGAGCCAGCCACUUUUUGCAUUGAAGAAAAUUCCUUAAUGCAGUGUCUAAUCAUAAUUUUCAAUGUUGUAAAUAAUCGAUCCAUACACAUGAAAUUGACAUAACUG